CAGGAGGAAAACCAAACAUGGAGGAACCAGAGACGUCCAAACCAGCAAGACGACACCUCUGUUCCCAGAUUGGAAAGAGUUUUACCAAGUUAGGAAGCCUGAAAAGACAUGAGAGGACACACACAGAACCAAAGCAACAAAAUUGCGCCCAGUGUGGAAAGAGUUUUAGCCACUUAGGAAAUCUGAAAGCUCAUGAGCGAACACACACACGGGAGAGGCCUUUCCAUUGCUCCCAGUGUGGAAAGAGUUUUAAGCGGUUAGACACCCUCAAAACUCACGAGCAAAUACACACAGGGGAGAAGCCAUACCAUUGCAUCCAGUGUGGAAAGAGUUUUAGCCAGUCAGGAAGCCUGAAAGUUCAUGAGCGAAUACAUACAGGGGAGAAGUCAUACCUUUGCGCCCAGUGUGGAAAGAGUUUUAUCCAGUCAGGAAGCCUGAAGGAACACAUGAGACUGCACACAGGGGAGAAGCCUUACUACUGCUCACAUUGUGGAAAGCGUUUUAACCAUUUAGUUAGCAUGAAAAGACAUGAGAGGAUACACACAGGAGCGAAGCAACACCCUUGCUCCCAGUGUGGCAAAAGUUUUAAGCGAUUAGACACCCUCAAAGCUCAUGAACGAAUACACACAGGGGAGACACCAUACCAUUGCACCCAGUGUGGAAAUAGUUUUUGCCAGUCAGGAAGCCUGAAAGUUCAUGAGAGAAUACACACAGGGGAGAAGCCAUACCAAUGCUCCCAGUGUUCAAAGUGUUUUACCCAUUUAGGAAGCCUGAAGGAACACAUGAGACUGCACACAGAGGAGAAGCCUUAAAAAUGUUCAGA